AUGGGGACCAGCGGCUUUGUCUUCAAGCAUGUCUUCUCCCUUCUGUUCAAUAUUCUCUUCCACCUCUACCAGGCCUUUUACAUGUACAUGCCUUGGAACGAGUCAAUGUCCAAAGAAAAUGGCACAGCCUUUUCAAACUCCUUCAGUGACAUUGAAAUAGCAAAGGCUGUUUUUGAUACAGCUUAUGGGACUGUUUUGAGGCAAGAAGGGAAGGACAUCCAAUGGUUGGACCUGUGCAGAUAUGCUAGUACGCGUGAUGUGAUUGAAAUCCGGUUGCAAGAGGCUGGAUGGGAAGACGCCGGCGACAAAUUGCAACUAGCUUUCGACAGGUUCCAUAACGAGAUGGAGCCCCUCAACGAGACACAGGCGACAUGGGCGAAAAUCGUCGAGGCGACCAAUUUCACCUAUGUGACAUCCAAAUUUAGGCCGUUUCUCGACGCAUCGCUAGACACAGAAGAGGAGCAAGACUAUGCUCGGAAGGCACUGUGCAAGAUCUUUGGUGUUCGGGGCACUCUGAAGGUGAAGCAAGAGACACAAAACAUGUAUGAGUCCAGGCGGAUCGUGAUCCAAAACGCCGAAGCUGCCUGGCUCAACACAGACCGGAAGACUCUCAUCGAGUUCGUCAGCAGGUUGGCGGUGCUUGUUGACCAUGAAGACGAAGAUGCAAGAUGGGCGGACUUGCAUAAGAUGGCAGGGACGGAUGAGAAUUUGAGAGAAGCGCUUGAUGACCAUCGUCAUGCGGUAAAAGACGAGCUUUGA